AUGGUACCCGGAGAUGAAGUGGAGGUUCAUGUCAAGGAUAGUUCCGAGGGAGUGGAAGAAGUGGGACACAAGUUCCGAGCCACGGUCAGAGGUGAUGUGGGACGGAACUCCGUGCUUGGAGAAGACGUGCUUAAGGAACAGUUCCGCGAGCUCCGGAGCGUCGAGUGUAUUGUGCGUCGGGAUGAAGAUGGCCUGUUUGGAGAGCCGGUCGACGACAACCAGGAUGUCUGUGAAACCGUCAGAGUUUGGCAGUUGCUCGAUGAGGUCCAUGGAGAUGGAGUUCCAUGGACACUCCGGGAUCGGGAGCUGCUUGAGGGUUCAGUAGGGAAGGUGACAGAGAGCUUUGGAUCGCGCGCAGGUGGUACAGGACUUGCAGUAGUCUUGGACAAAGAGUUGGAGUCCAGGCCAGGAGUAUUCUUGGAGGACCAGGGCCUGGGUCUUGUUCUGGCCCCAGUGUCUGGCGGUUGGGUAAUCGUGGUAGGCCCGGAGGACUCAGAGACAGAGGUCUUCAGAGUCCGGGAUGUAGAUUUGGCCAUUGAGCCGGAAGAACCCUUUUUUGUCCUUGGACCAUGGGGGGUUACCUUUGGAGGCCAACUUGAUGGCUGUGGCGAGUUCUGGAGACGGGUUAUUGGAGUUCUGGGCUGCUCAGACGUCGGAAUGCAGUUUCUCGGCGUUGAAAAGGACGGAGGCUCAGAGGACCAGUUCUCAGAGGUACAUCACUUGGAGAGACAUAGCGAGUUGCUCCUGGGUGAACACCAGCUGGAAGUUGUGUGGGUUGACAGCGAAGUAGUUGCUAUCUCUUCCUUUUGGGUAGACAUCCCAAUGGCAGGUGAGUGCGUCGGGUUUGACCCCCAGUUUUCCGCGGGCAGAACCGGAUUACCAGGUUGA